AAUUCAAGCAAGCGAAGUGAUAACAUCACAGAAACAAGCAAAAGCAAAACAAGCGACUAGCUGAAUAAGCUAAACAACUGAAAAACAUUAAACGUUAAAAGUGAACAACUAAAACUGUUUAAACAAACUCAAAAGUCAACAGAUUAAUUUACAAAUUCAAGCAAAGAAGAAUCAUUCAAGAAGUAAAUUAUUCAAGUAAAAGAACAAUAAAAACAAAAGAAUGCCUGCAAUUGGAAUAGAUUUGGGUACCACGUUCUCCUGUGUGGGUGUCUAUCAACAUGGAAAGGUGGAGAUUAUAGCCAAUGACCAGGGCAACCGGACGACGCCCAGUUAUGUGGCAUUCACCGACUCGGAGCGCCUGAUAGGGGAUGCAGCUAAGAACCAGGUGGCCAUGAAUCCAAGAAACACAGUAUUCGAUGCUAAACGUUUGAUAGGCCGCAAGUACGACGAUCCCAAGAUAGCCGAGGACAUCAAGCACUGGCCAUUCAAGGUGGUCAGCGAUGGAGGCAAGCCAAAGUUGGGAGUUGAGUUUAAAGGCGAGCCGAAGCGUUUCGCGCCCGAGGAGAUUAGUUCGAUGGUGCUGGCCAAGAUGAAGGAGACAGCUGAGGCUUACUUGGGCCAGAGCAUCACAGAUGCAGUCAUCACAGUGCCAGCCUACUUCAACGACUCCCAGAGGCAGGCCACCAAAGAUGCGGGCCAUAUUGCUGGUCUUAAUGUGCUGAGAAUCAUAAAUGAGCCAACGGCGGCGGCUUUGGCCUAUGGCCUGGACAAGAAUCUCAAGGGAGAGCGAAAUGUGUUGAUAUUCGACUUGGGAGGCGGUACUUUUGAUGUAUCCAUUCUUACUAUUGAUGAAGGAUCUCUGUUUGAGGUUCGCGCCACUGCCGGCGACACACAUCUUGGCGGAGAGGACUUUGACAACCGACUAGUCACACAUUUGGCAGAUGAAUUCAAGCGGAAGUAUAAAAAGGACCUGCGCUCAAAUCCACGGGCACUGCGGCGCCUUCGCACAGCGGCUGAGCGUGCCAAGCGCACCCUGUCAUCCAGCACAGAAGCCACCAUUGAGGUGGAUGCAUUGUUCGAAGGACAAGACUUCUACACUAAAAUAAGUCGUGCCCGAUUUGAGGAGCUGUGUGCCGACCUCUUCCGCAACACCCUACAGCCUGUGGAGAAGGCUCUGAAUGAUGCCAAGAUGGACAAGGGACAAAUCCAUGACAUUGUACUUGUGGGCGGCUCCACCCGGAUUCCCAAGGUGCAGAGCCUGCUCCAACAGUUCUUCAACGGAAAGAGUCUGAACCUCUCGAUCAACCCAGACGAAGCUGUGGCAUAUGGAGCUGCUGUCCAAGCUGCUAUUCUCAGUGGCGACCAGAGCGGCAAGAUCCAGGACGUUCUUCUGGUGGAUGUGGCACCACUCUCACUUGGCAUAGAGACUGCUGGCGGAGUUAUGACCAAAUUGAUCGAACGCAAUUGCCGGAUCCCCUGCAAGCAAACCAAAACGUUCUCCACCUAUGCCGACAAUCAGCCUGGAGUUUCUAUUCAGGUGUACGAGGGCGAACGAGUGAUGACCAAGGACAACAAUGCCCUGGGAACCUUCGAUCUGUCUGGAAUUCCUCCGGCACCUAGAGGAGUUCCCCAAAUAGAAGUCACAUUCGACAUGGAUGCCAACGGAAUACUCAAUGUCACCGCUAAGGAGAUGAGCACGGGCAAAGCCAAGAAUAUCACAAUCAAGAACGACAAGGGACGCCUGUCGCAAGCUGAUAUCGACCGAAUGGUGAGCGAUGCGGAGCGUUAUGCUGAUGAGGACGAGAAACAGCGCCUACGGAUCUCUUCCCGUAACAGCUUGGAAUCUUACGUCUUUAACGUGAAACAGGCUGUGGAGCAGGCCAGUGCCGACAAACUCAGCGUAACAGACAAGACCUCCGUGAUUGAAAAGUGUGACGAGACCAUUAAAUGGCUGGAUACGAACACCACAGCCGAAAAAGAAGAGUUCGAACACAAACUGGAGGAGCUCACCAAACACUGUUCCCCGAUCAUGACACGAAUGCAUCAGUCCGCCAGUCAUCCGGCCGGAGCUGGAUCUGGUGCCAACUGUGGUCAGCAGGAUGGCGGAUUUGGUGGCUAUUCUGGACCCACUGUUGAGGAAGUCGACUAAGCCAAAGAGAUUCUACAAUCAUAGAUAUAUUUAGUGUUUGAGACUGAAAAGAGUUUUUGGUCGAUUUGCCAUUCCAAAUCACUAGACUUAACAUAGGAGAAUAAUAAAUUAUUAUAUUGUUUUAAGUUAUCCCAGGCUAGUGUAGGGAUGUAGUUUUCGUCUAAGCCGAAGGCCUUAGUUGCCAGUGCUUGUAUAAUAUAGUUAGGUUGAUAGUUUACAACUAUAUCCUAUACUUUAAUACAAUACAAUACAAUUGUUUUAGGUUAGUAACAAAUUCAUAAAUAUAUUCAAAUUAUUGAAUCAAAGUUGAAA